CCACGCGUUUGUUCAAGGCUAAUAUGGUCACCACUUCGUCCGCACUAGUGGUGUUGAUGCUGGCUGCGAUGGCCGCGUCGUCUGAUGCGCAUAGCAAGAUGUCGCUGCCGAAGCCUACGUGGAUCUAUGAGGACGGCACCAACAGUCCGGCCGGCACGGUGGACAGCUCGAGUGUGCUACCCGUCCCGGACGGCAUGGGGUACGAGGGUGACCCGCUGUCGAACACGGAGGCGUACUGGACGGCAUUCAACGCCAGUAAGUACACGUCUCUCAAGGAGCUCGUGUGGAAGAACGAGGUGGUCAACACAGACUCGCUAUACGGCACGGCCACCAUCGAGUGCGGCUUCUCGUGGACUAACGGCACGGCGCGCGACUUGCCCGAUGAAGUACAAUGGGACAAGCUCACGACUGGCCACGACGGUCCGUGCGAGAUCUGGUGUGAUGACACGCUGGUCUUCGCGGACCAGAACUGUGCUGUCAAUUAUCCCGACAGCCCUGCGAGCUUCCCGUACGAUAAAGCUGCUUGCGAAGGCAAAUCGAUGCUGACCGCUAUCUGGCUAGCGCUGCACAGCCCGCCUUGGCAGUAA